AUGUCGAGUCAAACCAAGUCAAGCCAAGUCAAGUCAAAUCAAGGCAAGCCAAACCAAGUCAAGUCAAACCAAGUACAGCCAAGUCAAACCAAGUCAAGCCAAUUCAAACCAAGUCAAGCCAAGGCAAACCAAGUUAACCCAAGUCAAACCAAGUCAAACCAAGUCAAACCAAGUCAAACCAAAUCAACCCAAGUCAAACCAAGUCAAGCCGAGUCAACCCAAGUCAAGCCGAGUCAAGCCGAGUCAACCCAAGUCAAACCAAACCAACCCAAGUCAAGCCGAGUCAACCCAAGUCAAGCCGAGUCAAGCCGAGUCAACCCAAGUCAAACCAAACCAACCCAAGUCAAGCCGAGUCAAGCCGAGUCAAGCCAAGUCAAACCAAACCAACCCAAGUCAAGCCGAGUCAAGCCGAGUCAAGCCGAGUCAAGCCGAGUCAAGCCGAGUCAAGCCAGCACGCUCCCCGCACAGCACCCAGGAGAGCUCUCAGCACCGGAAAUAAUAAGCCUCGUCACGAAACUCCACAAAGCGAUGGGGAAGGUUUCUGCAAGUCAAACACAAACCCUCGUAUAUGAGGUCAUCUGGGGUCACGCUUUGCUCGGGGGAAUCUCUGUUGACUUCAUUUAUGUAAUUUUAUUCAAGCCUUAA